AUGGAUGGGGGCAGAAGAUCGCGGCUGAAGAGUCCGCUGACCCUGAGUGUUCGUCAAUGUGAUUCAAAAGAGUUGCUUUUGCGACCGAUUGUUGAAAUCUCUCGUCUGGGCGAGGUCGUUUCAGAUGACGCUACAGCCGCACAAGGGGGGCUUGCAGCUUGGUGUGGUGAUGAGCUUGAUUACAAGAGUCGACUUACCUUUUACUACCAAUCUGCAUAUGUUUACAUGAAACAUGACCAGCUUGAGGUUGAUGGAUGGUUGCUGGAGCGAGGCGAGCAAGAUGCCAGCCUAGACCCAUUUCCGCCAGGGCUUGAUGCUGUUAUCAUCGCGCAGCGGUAUAUACCAGCUGUAGAAAACUGGCUACGGCGAGAAGUGGAAAACCCAGAUGAUGUGAGCCCAGUUGACGGAGAUGUGAACCCGUAG